GUGUAGGACUAAAUUGGCCAUAAAAAAAAUUAAAGACUGAAUUAACACAAUUAUAAUAAAUUUAAUUUUUUUAGUAAUUAUCCUGUAAAUUUUCUUGUUCAUGCCAAACAGAUGAAUUACAGUUGUCUCCAACAGAGCAAAAAUCAAAGAAAUGACAACCCCUCCGGCCAAUAGUGUCAAUCACCAAACAAUACGCUUAGAAAGGACUCGAAUGCUCAGUAUUUCAAAGCUUUAUCACCACCAGAUAAAAUAGACCUCCUCAUGCGAAUGGAAGUUGGCUCAGGUGAAAAGGACCGGACACUUCACAUUUACCAUGUCUAGGUUUGAUUUCCACUGUCAGUAGACCCCAUUGGUAGCGAUUUGUAAAUCAACUAUAAGUCCUCAAUUUUGGCAUGUGAGAUGCCCUGGCCUUAGAGCGGAGUAACCUACUUUUCUCCUAAACUUCUUUAAUUAAAACAAAAUUGGCCUCCUAUGAUUUAACUAGCAGCAAUCUUAAGCCUUGUAACAAACAUUACACUUCUAAAGACUCUUAACGAGCCAGGUGCACCGCCUUAUUUUCUUUCAACAAGAUCCAUCUAGCAAAAGAGAGAAGAAAAAAUGAAAUGACCACUGGCCAUCAUCCCCCAUUGUUAUUUGUAAAACCAAAACUUCUUGCAUGUUAAUUGGUCCCAUCCAUUCUUCACAUGUCUGUUGGUGCCUUUUGAUGAGAUUAAGUAUAAUCACGAAAUUAUCAAUGAGCUUUUUGUUGGACAGGCAUGAAGGAGAACUAGUGAAAAAAGUUAUCGAAAAUGUUCUGAGCAAAUUGCGACAAGAUUUUCAGCUUGAUGUUACUAAGCACUUAGUUGGAAUUGGUGAUCAUGUGAAUAGAAUCAUGAAAUGGGUAGACACUCCUACCACUGAUGCUCGAAUGAUUGGAAUAUAUGGCAUGGGUGGGAUUGGAAAAACGACUCUUGCCAAGGUAAUCUAUAACCAGCUGUCGAAUGACUUUGUGCAUCGUAGCUUCCUUGCAGAUAUUCGAGAAACAGCUCGCCACAAUAAUAUUGCUUAUUUACAAAAGCAACUAAUUAAGGAUAUUCUGCAAAUCGAACCUUCAAAUGUUGAUGAAGGAAUUAGUAGGAUAAAAUCUGGAUUCAAAGGAAAAAAAGUUCUCAUUCUUCUAGAUGAUAUAGAUCACAAGGAUCAAUUAAAUGCUUUGGCUAGAGAACGUAAUUGGUUUAUGGCGGGAAGUAUUAUUAUUGUUACAACCAGAUAUGAAGCCAUUCUUGAUCAAUCUAAAUUCAAUGUACACAAGUAUGAUUUGAAUGAAUUGGAUCAAGAGCAUGCUUUGCUUUUGUUUAAUAGACAUGCAUUUUACAUGGACCAUUCUUCGAAGGACUUUGAGGGUCUAUCUCGUGAUAUUGUAUCCACCAUGGGUGGGCUUCCCUUGGCACUUAAGGUCGUAGGUUCAUACUUGUAUAAAAAAACGAAUCGAAAAGUAUGGGAAGAUGUGCGGAAGCAAUUAAAAAACCAACCACAUAGAGACGUCCAAAAAAUAUUGCGAAUAAGCUAUGAUGCAUUAGAAGAUGGACAUCAGCAGAUUUUUCUCGAUAUUGUUUGUUUCUUUAUUGGCAUAGAUGACGGUGAAGUUGCACGAUUCGCCAUGUACAUGUGGGAGGAUUGUGGGUUUUAUCCAAAUCAAGGAAUUGAAGAGUUGAAGUUGAGGUGCUUAAUUAAAAUUGGAGAUGAUGGUGAAUUUAUGGUGCAUGAUCAAUUGAGAGAUCUUGGAAGGAGCAUUUUUUGCCAAGGACAACCGCUUGAGAAAUGUAGUGGACCAUGGGACGACAACUAUGAGGGAGUCCCAAGAGUAGUAAGACAUCCAGAGAGACGCCCCUGGUUCCACGACUUUUUGGGGGCAGCUUCUAGCGGAGAUUCCAAGUUUUCUGAAGUGAGAUGGCUUGAGUGGGGCAAUCCUGGAAACGAUGCGUCUCUUUCGACAAUCAACUUGCAUUUGCCAAAAUUAUCGGUGCUGGACUUAUGGGGGAGGGUGAAGAGGAUUGGGAAGGAAUCACAGAGAAUUGGGAAGGAUGGAAUUCAUUCAUGGCGUCAAAGCAGCUUAAAGUUCUCAACCUUCGAGGUUGUCCUAAUUUAAGAUGUACUCCUGAACUCUCAACUUUCACGCAGUUGAAAAUUCUCCUAUUGAGCCAUUGUUAUGGAUUGGAGCAUCUCCACCCUUCUAUUGGCAAACUCACAAGCCUCGUUACCUUGGACUUGUGUUUCUGUAGAGGUCUCAAGGAGCUACCAGAGGAGGUGGGUGGAUUAAAAGAUUUAGAAGAACUUCUUUUAGAUCAAUCUGGUAUUACAGCAAUUCCUUCGUCUAUUGGUUCUUUGAGGAAAUUGAAGACACUGAGUGCCUUCGAAUGUGAGUCACUGAGAGAAAUCCCCAGCUCAAUUGGGGAUUUACAGAAUUUGCAAUAUCUUAACUUGAAUACUUGUGCGAUCGAAAAGCUUCCCAAUGCUAUUGGAGGGUUGAAAAAUCUGAAGAUUCUAAAUCUCAUCUUGUGCAGUAGUUUGAAAGGGGCAAUUCCAAGUGAAAUCGGUGACUUGCCUUCCCUCGAGACUAUCUAUCUCAAUUUCACACCGAUAUCUGACCUGCCAGAAAGCGUCCGGAAUCUUUCUUCUCUCCAAAGCCUUACCU